AUGCUGUCCUUCCUCCACCCACUCGUCCUCCUCGCCGUCGCAGCACCAACGGUGCUCAGCUCCCGAUUCGAAUGGCACCGCUGCGACUGCGAGAUACCCGGCGAAGGCCAACAAGCCACCGUCGAACUCAUGACCACCACAUUUACCCAGCAAGACGGCAAAGAAGCCAGCGUCAGUGGCAACGUCGAAUGCAACACGAUCGGCGCGCGCCCAGACGGCUGCGCCCUCUGGCUCCUGCUCGAGCACUGCGUGGACACGGGCAUCUGCGGAGUCGGGCAGAUCUGCUAUAACCAGGAAGUCGUGCAGUCGGACAAGUUCAAGGUCAAUGGCAACGAGUACAAGAAGAAUGACUACACGAACUACGAUAUUGAUCUCGAGGGUACGGGAGCAUGCGAAUAG